AUGGCCCCGAUGGCGCUCGAUGAGCCGGUGCUGCAGCCAGGACCCAAGGCCGACCUGCCCCCGCCGACCGUCUAUCCCGUCAAGGAGGUUCAUUUCGAAAAGUUCAUCUCCCCUCAGCAUGAUGGCCGCGAGAAGGCCUUGGCGCAGCCCGAGGGCAGCGCAGCGAUUGUCAUUGACAACGGCUCUUCUGCAGUACGCGCAGGCUGGUCGUUCGAGUCGAAGCCGCGGCUCGUCGUGCCCCCGAUCAUGGCCAAGUACAGAGACCGCAAGUUGGGUCGGACCUUCAGCUUCGCCGGCUACGACUGCUACUCCGACACCACCGCGCGAGGACACAUCAGAAACGCCUUUGAGGCUGGCACGAACAUUGUGAGCAACUGGGAUGUGAUGGAGCACGUGCUCGACUAUGUCUUCAUCAAGCUCGGCCUGAACAGUGCCGAGGGCUCCAUCGACAUGCCCAUUGUCAUGACAGAGGCGGUGGCCAACUUGCCGUACUCGCGAAAAUCGAUGACCGAGAUCAUCUUUGAGUGCUACGGCGCGCCAAGCGUGGCAUACGGAAUAGACUCACUCUUCUCCUACAGACACAACGGAGGCAAGACUGGUCUAGUCGUCUCCUCAUCCUACAGCUCUACACACGUAAUCCCAGUCUACAACCAGAAGGCAAUGCUUGCACAGGCUACUAGACUGAACUGGGGUGGCUGGCAUGCAGCCGAGUAUCUCCUGCGGCUCAUCCGUCUGAAGUAUGAUCACUUUCCUGGUAAGCUCAGUGCCUCGCAGGCGGAGUACAUGCUGCAGGACCACUGCUACUUGUCAAAAGACUACGACGCGGAAUUGCGUGGCUAUCUGGAUUGGACGGGACUUGAAGACAGGGAGCGUAUCAUCCAGUAUCCCUUCACCGAGGAGGUCAUUGUCCAGAAGACUGAAGAAGAGCUCGCCAAGAUUGCCGAGAGAAAGAAGGAGAGCGGUAGACGACUCCAGGAGCAGGCCGCAAAGAUGCGCCUUGAGCGACUGAUGAAGAAGGAGCAGGAGCUCGAGUACUACAAGGACGUCCAGCGAAGGCUCGUUGACCAAAAUAAGAAGGAGACGAAGCGGAUCCUAGACGAUGCUGAAGUCAAGGACGAGACGCAGCUGGAGCGAAUGGUACGAGAUCUGGAAAAGUCGAUCAAGAAAGCGCGGAUAAAAGAUCUGGGCGGUGAACUUGAGGAAGAACAGCAGGAAGAGCCAGUAUUCGAUCUACUAGAUGUACCGGAUGAUCAACUGGAUGAAGCCGGUAUUAAAGCGAAGCGACAGCAAAGACUCAUGAAGUCAAAUCAUGAGGCUCGGGCGCGCGCCAAGGCUGAGAAGGAGGCCGAGAAGGCACGCGUUGCAGAAGAAGCGCGACUAGACGAGGAGCGGCGAACAAACGACCUGGAAGGCUGGCUGGAUGAGAAGCGGCAAGCACUCCAAGCUACAAUCACCAAGAUCAAGGACAGAGAUCGUCUCAAGCAGGAUCUCGGUAACCGAAAGUCUCUCGCCAGUCAGAUGCGCAUGAAGACCCUGGCCAAUCUGGCUUCUGACAACCCCAGUGGCUCUGGAUCAAGAAAGCGGCGGCGUGGAGGCGACGACGACGACUUCGGCGCCGACGAUGCCGACUGGGGUGUCUACCGCAAUGUGGCCAUUGGCGCCAACGCCGGUGACAGUGACGACGAGGAGGGAGAGGAGAACCUGGAGGCGGCGGUCAAGACACUCGAGGAGGACCUGCUCAAGUACGACCCUGACUUCACCUACGAGCACACGCUCGAGGCGCAGAACAACUGGACCAAGUCCCUACUGCAUGCGUUCCGCUACGGCCCCCGACCCGUAGACGAAGGAUCUGCCGCCGAGCGCCACCAGCUACACCUCAACGUUGAGCGCAUCCGCGUGCCCGAGGUCGUCUUCCAGCCGUCUGCCAUUGCGGGCAUCGACCAGGCCGGCCUCGUUGAGAUUGCUGGUGACAUCCUGAACCAGCGCCUCACGGGCAUUCCUGGCCUCAACCGCGACGACUUCUUGCGCGACAUCUUCCUCACAGGCGGCUUGACCAAGUUUCAGAAUUUUGACGAGCGUCUCCGGUCUGGACUGCAGGCCCUUCUGCCCGCCGAUUCGCCGCUGGCGAUCCGCCACGCAAAGGAUGCUUUGCUCGACGCCUGGAAGGGCGCCGCUGGUUGGGCGGGCACACCCGCAUGGCAGGCGGCCGCUAUCACGAGGGAGGAGUACCAAGAGAAGGGGUCAGAGUACCUCAAGGAACACGAUCUGGGAAACACUUUCUAA